AGCGCGAAAAAGAAUAAAAUAUCAUAAAAUUUUCUGGGUUUAUGAUUCUGAAACUGAGAAACACUCUUUUAGGGUUUUAAGUUCACCUCUCUGAACUUCGAAGCUCCAUCAAUGGCGAGCCCUAAGUCCAUCGACGCCUCCCUCUGGUGGGACUCUUUCUCUCUCUUACUCACCGAGCUCGAAAAUGCUUCUCUCUCCUCCGACCUCCCUCCCAUUCUGGUAAAGAAAUUAACGGACAAUCACGCUUGGUUCGUGGACACAGUGUCUCGCUUCAAGCCGCCCAAUGAGAAUUCGAGGGAGGCUUUGAAUUCACAGCAAGUGAAAAUUGGGUCUCACCAGUUGAAUAUAAAGCCUGAGUUUAAAGAUAAAGCUUUGAAAGUCAGCUCCUAUUUGUGUCUGGAUGAGGUGCAAUCGUACAUUCUUGUUGAAAGGUCUCUCGAGAACAAAGAUGUAGCUCUUGACUCUAUACUGCACGAGUAUUUCUAUGCGGUGAUUAUUCACUAUUAUGUUGAACGGCAGUGCCUGCUGAAGUGCACCAGGAGUAUUCUCACACAUGCUUUGUCUUUGGAAAGCGUCUCUGGAGAUGGUAAUGCUAUUAAGAAGGAAGCACUAAAGUUGAUUACUGACGGAUUGGAGGCGAAGCUGAUAAAUGUGCUGCAACUUCUUUUCUCCUCCAGUCACCCGGAACAAAUGGAUCUUGACCUUUUCACUUUGUGGGCCGAGGAGACACUAAUUGAAGACAAUUUGGUUUUGGACAUUCUUUUCCUUGCUUAUUAUGAGUCAUUUUGUACUUGUAAUGGUGAAAGGUGGAAAACUUUGUGUUUGCUCUAUAAGGGAACUUUAUCUGGGUCCUAUAACUUUGAAAAUCUGGCAGUAUCAACUGAAGCGCUACGUUCUUCUUAUCAAACCAAAGUCCAGCUGCUUCUCAUCCUUAUAGAAACCCUGGACCUGGAAAGUCUUCUCCAGAUGGUUCACGAUGCAAUCCCUUUCAGGCAGGGCACAUUUGUUUUUACUUUGGCUGAUGUCCAAGAGAUGGAAGCGAUAAUUUCAACAUUCAAUGCUUUUGAAACAAAAGAAGCAGGUCCAUUAAUUCUAGCCUGGGCUGUUUUUCUUUGUCUGAUUUCAUCACUUCCAGGUAGUGAAGAGAGCAAUGUACUAAUGGAAAUUGAUCAUGUUGGUUAUGUUCGUCAAGCGUUCGAGGCUGCAUCUUUGACUUAUUGUGUUGAAAUCCUUCAAAGUGAUGUAUUGAAAGAAUCAGAUGGGCCUGCUGAUGGGUAUCACAGUGUGUUGAGAACUUUUAUAUCUGCAUUUAUUGCAUCUUAUGAGAUCAAUCUUCAGCUGGAAGAUAAGUCUCUGAAGUUAAUACUGGAUAUUCUUUGCAAAAUUUAUCAGGGAGAGGAGUCACUUUGUAUCCAGUUUUGGGAUCGUGAGAGUUUUAUUGAUGGCCCUAUCCGGUGUCUUCUUUGCAACUUAGAGGGUGAAUUUCCUUUCAGGACAGUGGAACUAGUUCGCUUUUUAUCAUCACUUUGUGAAGGAACUUGGCCUGCAGAAUGUGUGUAUAACUUUUUGGAUAAGUCUGUGGGUAUUUCAUCCCUUGUUGAGAUUAAUAAUGGCUCCGUUGGGGAGGACAUGUCUCAAAUUGUUGAGACGCACCUCCCGCUGCAUGUUCCUGGAUUUGAAGGUCUGGUUAUUCCCAGUAAAACUUGUGGACAUGUUUUAAGAUUAGUUAGUGGAAAUGCCGCUCUUGUACGAUGGGAGUAUAAACAAUCUGGGGUGCUAGUAUUGCUCAUGCGCCUGUCCCAGGAGCUGUAUUUUGACAGAAAUGACGAGGCUCUUCUUAUCCUUGACCUAUUUAGGCGGAUGGUUACCUUUAACACAGCGGUAUGUUUUGCUUUGAUGGACAUUGGGAGCUCAUCGCAUUUCCAAUCAACUGACAUGGGUGGACAGAUAGAAAGUAAUAUGCGGUUGGUUGAGAUCAUUUGCACUGUGGUCAGAAAACUAUCUCCUACUUCAGGCGGUGCUGCUCUGAUGUCCGUGGGUAUAAAUAUUUUGGCAAAGAUGUUAAGAUGUUCGCCUUCUCGUGUGUCUGAGCUGGCUUUAAAGGCAAAUAUAUUUGAUUUCAGCAAUGGCCGCAAUGAUCCAUCAAGUGGUUCAUGGUUUCUUUCUGGAAAACUGGCAAAGAUGCUAUUAAUUGACUGUGAGCAGAAUGAUAGUUACUGCUCAUUGACUAUAUCAGUGCUGGACUUUACUCUAGGUCUCAUGGAGACAGGAUUAAAAAAUGAUGCUGUCCAGGAUUUAAUUGUUUUCUCUGUUCAGUAUGUUCUUGUUAACCAUGAAUACUGGAAAUACAAGGUGAAGCAUGAUCGUUGGAGAGUAACAUUGAAGGUGCUUGAAGUGAUGAAAAAAUGUAUUACAUCAAUAUCAUGCUCUGGAAAGUUGGAUGAAGCCAUCCUGGAUAGGUUACUGUCUGAUUCUUCCAUCCAUAGUACUCUCUUUCGGAUUGUUUGUACAACCACCCAAGCGCUGGAGAGACUUUAUUUCAGCCGGCUUGUUGAUCUAACAGAGAUUGAAGGUUUACAGAUGGCUAUAUGUGCUGUUUUAGAUAUUCUUUUCAUCAUGCUUUCUAAAUUUUCUAAGGAUAUAUCUUCCAGUCCUCCAUUUUUUCAUCAAGCAGUUUUCUCAUCAGCAACCAAACCAUUUCCUGUUGUUGCAGCGCUUGUGUCCUUGAUAUCUUACUUUCGCAAUCCUGGAAUACAAGUUGGUGCUGCUAGGGUUUUAUCACUGUUCAUGAUGAUGGCCGAUUUUAUGCAACCAUAUUUGUUUGGUAGCAGCUUCGGUCUGGAUGACAAACAGAUUGGAGAGCUGAGGCAUUCUAUUAGUUACAUACUACUUGAGCAGUCGGAAUUGAAUGAAGAUCUCUUUGUUGCUGCAGUCAAUCUCCUCACUUCUGCUGCAUGUUAUCAGCCUGCUUUUCUUGUUGCUGUAUUACCAACCAAAGCGAAUAAGGAUGUCCAACUGAGUAAUGGUGGCGGUGUGAAGCUGCCAAUAAACGAUUUUGAGUCUGAAAAGGCAAGCGCUGUUCAUGCAGUUUUGCAUCACAUUGAAAGAUCUAAUAAUCUUAUCAACAGCAAUCCCCGAAUACUGCUGAAUGUUCUUAAUUUUCUAAGGGCGCUGUGGCAAGGUGCUGGUCAGUACACUAAUAUUUUGGAAUGCCUGAAAAGCUCUGAAAAUUUCUGGAAAAAAUUGUCCUGUCCUAUUUCGAUAAUUUCUAGUAUGCAAGCUCCUCCACCUGAAAAUGCUGAGACAGAAGUUGAAGAUUUGUCGGUCAGAUACCAGUGCCAAUCUGCCAUAUUGGAAAUAAUAGCGCAUGAUAUGUUCCUGCACAAAAAGCUGUUACAUGCAGAGUCAUUUGUAAAACAGCUGCCUGAAUCACAACAAAAUACAGUAAGAUCAGAAAAAUCAAAAGCUGCAGAUCUUGAAGAUAUUUUAUCAGCCUGGUGUGGAAGCUCUGUUUUGGGCAAUCUGACUAAGUCACUUACCUAUUGUGCGUAUGACCCUGAGUUGUAUUUGCGGGCGAAGGUUGCUGCGAGUGUAAUAACUGCUCGUGUGAUGGUAAACUUAUCAAUUGGUGAUGCAGGAAGUUUGUCUGUGUCAUUACUUGAGAAGUCUAGAAUCCUGUCAAAUAAGCUGAGAAGUCAUCCUGCCUUUUCUGAAUUGUUAGCUCAAUACUCACAGCAUGGUUACAGUGCAGGGAAGGAGCCAAACUAUUUGAUACUUAGUGAUCUCUACUAUCAUCUGCAAGGAGAGCUUGAAGGCCGUGAAAUCAGUGCUGGACCAUUCAAAGAACUCUCUCGGUUCCUGAUUGAAUCAAAUGUUUUUCAGACUUACCAACACAAGGAUGAUGGUGAUCUUUUUGUAACCGGAAGAGAGACAUACUUGUUUGAUCUUAAACGUGUACGUGCUGAUUUGGGGUUAGAUCUUUGGGAUUAUUCAAAAUGGAAGGAGGCAAAGGCAACUGCAGAAACAAUGUUGCAUCAUAUGAAAGCUGCAAACUCAAUGGUGUUGCUAACAAGUUCGAAGCUUUCUGCACUGAAAGCAUUAAAAAGUGUCUUAACUGUUUACGGGGAUAAUUUGCUGGAGACGAAGAGUACAGCGAGACAAAUCCCUGAUCAACUUGUUUUUUCGUGCAUAGAUCACAUAUGCCAGAGCUUCCACGACACAAUAGAAUCAUUUACUCCAGUACCUGGUGCUUCUGAAGACGUCUUUCACUUCCUUGUGGCUCAAGCAGAAUUGCUUCUCUAUUUUAUGAUGUAUGCACAUAAAAACCUGCCUUUGUCUGUUUGCAUUCUUGUACUAAAAACAUCAGGUUCUGGCCUUAAAGCAUUGAGUGAUUUCAGAGCAUUAGUUACGGGGCCAUCAGGUAUGGGGGUUGACACUGCAGUAAGGCUCUUACUUAUGUUGCUUCUCUCGGCAGUGGAGUUCAGUUGUCAUAAGUCGCAUUUGGUUGGGGCAAGAGAUGUAGCUUCUGUCGAAGACGUGGCUAAAAUAUCUAAUGUGAGUCUUAGUCUACUACCAGUUCUCUGUAACUGUAUUGCUACUGCUGAGCAUGGAACCCUCUCCCUAACUACUAUGGACUUGAUACUUAGAAAUUUCUUGACUCCCAGCACUUGGCUCCCAAUUAUACAGAAUCACCUCCAGCUUCAGCUCGUGAUUCUGAAGCUUCAAGAUAAAGAUUCUCUUGAAUCUGUGCCUAUUAUAAUGAAGUUCUUUUUGACUCUUGCCCGUGUUAGGCAGGGUGCAGAAAUGCUUAUUAAUUAUGGCUUUCUCUCGUCUCUGAGAUUCUUGUUCACUGAAUACUUGGAUGGUAUGUCUUCUUCCGUAACUAUUGAUAACAGAAAUUCCAACUCAUCAUCUGAGAAACUGGAAAAGCCUCAGCAAAUUUGGGGACUUGGUUUGGCAGUCAUCACAGCUAUGGUUCAGUCGUUAGGAGACAGUUCUUCUUGUUCUGAUCUUGUGGAGAAUGUAAUACCUUACUUCUUUUCAGAGAAAGCCUAUAUGAUUUCUUACUAUCUUAGUGCUCCGGAUUUCCCAUCUAAUGAUCAGGACAAGACCAGGCCUCGGGCUCAGCAGAGACAAACUUCUCUUUCUGAUCUUAAAGAAACUGAGCACACUCUCAUGCUAAUGUGUAUGUUAGCAAAACAUCGGAAUUCCUGGGUUAAGUGCAUGAAAGAAUUGGAUUCCCAGUUGAGAGAGAAAAGUAUCCAUCUUUUAGCUUUUAUCAGUCGGGGAACUCAACGGCUUGGAGAACCUUCGACUCUUAGUGCCCCUCUCUUAUGUCCUCCUGUCCUUAAAGAGGAUUUUGAUGGCUGCAAGAAACCCUCAUUUAUCAACAGUAAAAGCGGAUGGUUUGCUCUUUCAGCCCUCAGUUGUGUGUCAAAACCAAAAUUCUCCGCCAUCCCUACCACAUCUACCGCGCUGAUUAUGAAAACUCAAGCAUCUGUAAAUGGCAAUCACAUUUCUCAAUCAUACUUCUCCGACUCUAUUGCCCUACAGAUCUACAGAAUAACUUUUCUUCUUCUAAAGUUCCUCAGCUUACAAGCUGAGGGUGCUGCUAGAAGAGCAGAAGAGGUUGGCUUUGUUGAUCUUGACCAUUUUCCUGAGCUUCCAAUGCCUGAGAUCUUACAUGGCUUACAGGACCAAGCAAUUACAAUUGUUAGGGAGCUGUGUGAGGCUAACAGAUCAAACGAGAUUCAAAUCGAAGUCCAGAGUAUCUGUUGCUUACUGCUACAAAUAAUGGAGAUGGCCUUGCACUUGGAACUCUGUGUUCUACAGAUAUAUGGCAUAAGACCUGUAUUAGGGCGUGUGGAGGAUUUUUCAAAGGAAGUUAAACUGUUAAUAAAAGCGACAGAGAGACACGCUUUCCUCAAACCAUCUGUGAAGUCCUUGAAACAGAUGGUAUCGGUCAUAUAUCCAGGACUGUUACAGGCCGAUGAGUUUCUGUGAGAUAAUCUUGUGCAUAUAGGCGAAAACCGAAAACUGUAAGGCUUCGGAAGAUAAUGUAAAAACUUUGUAUCUAUCAGAUGAAUGGCUUCAGAAAUAUUCCACAUUUUGCUUAUAAAAUUGUGGGAUUUCUUUCGGUCUUUGUAUGGUAUUGAAUUCCUUUCGAGAAAGAUGUGUUGUAUGAUUGAUGGACAAUGUUUUGUUAAAUCCGUGGCCAUUUAUCAUUGUCGCGUGCGAAUUUUCUGUCCCUCCAUGUUUGAUGGUAUGAUGGGUUUCUAUCAUUGUUUUUGGUACUAGUGGGACCUAACAUAUAUCUUUACCGUGGCAUUGCAUGUAAUUUUGGAAAAAGUAUUUUCUUGAAGUGUCGCGGUUUCAUUGCC